AUGAUAAUCGCCGAUUUGGUGGUAUUUAUUGCUAUAUUCUUCUCCCUGAACGCUAUGAUGGGAUUGCGCAUCUAUGCCCUUUACGGGGGCUCUAAGCAAGUGCUGGUGUUUCUGUGUAUUUGCUUUACAGCAGCACAGAUAGUAAACAUAGUCCUGACAUACAUGACCGUGUUCCCACUGGACAUGCUAGUCCAGAAUAUUCCCGGACAAGGAACUUCAUGCGGAUAUCGUCUGUCAGAGCAACAGGCUUGGUACCAAACUUCCGCAGACAUUGCUCUUGUCGCUUACGAAUUUGUGCUAUUUGUCAUGUCACUCAUUUGUUUUGUCAAGCACUACAAAGAGCAACGUCAAACCAUCACCGCAACAAUGAGCACGUUGAUGGGUUUGGUCAUCAAAGACAAUAUUUUCUACUUCUUCGUAGCUUUCUUUGGUUUGACGCUUAAUCUAGGGUCGAACGUUACUGCCAUCAUUGAUCCAUACGGCGCCUUCAAUUUUAAUAUUGGGUUUAACGCAAUCGUAUCAAACUUUUGGCUCAAUUUCCAAUUGAAUAUGCUGGGUCCUCUCAUGAUGCUGAGCAUCAGAGAGUACAACGCAAAGCUGCGCAAGGAGGCAUCCUCCAACCGCUUACCUGCUGAGACCCUGGAGUUUGCCGCUGCUACCCGGCAAUCCGAACGUAGCGAAGCUUGA